UGGGGAAUGGGAUGACCGAGAGGUUCAACCGCACCCUACUUGGCAUGUUGGGGACUCUGCCAGAUCUCCAGAAGACAAAUUGGAAAGACCAUGUGGCACCUUUAGUACAUGCAUACAAUUCAACGAUCAACGAGUCUACCGGCUUUUCUCCUUUCUACUUAAUGUUUGGACGCGAACCUCGUCUACCUGUGGAUGUCGAGUUUGGAUUGACCCCUCAUACUACAUGUUCAGGGAGAUUUGUUGAUAACCUUAGACAGAGGCUUAGACAAGCACAUGAUUUGGCUAAGAAGCAUUCACGUCUAGCUGCGGACCGGAACAAGCGUUAUUAUGAUGUAAAGAGAGAAGCGCGGUUGGAACAAGGGGACAGAGUCUUAGUUCGAAAUUGUACACCGACUGGAAAACUUGAUAAUAAGUGGGAAYAACAUGUGUAUGUGAUCAAAGAUAAGCCGAAUGAAAGUAUUCCCGUUUAUCGACUUGUUCGAGAGGAUGGUAAGGCUAGGACAAGGAUCUUGCACCGGAACCUGAUUUUACCAUGCCCAAAUUUGGAGUCUUGUUCAGAAGAUCCCUCAGGUAGGCAAGUGGUAAACAGCAAGGGAAGAAGACCAACGGGACGACGCAAUGUUUCAAAUAACACGGACCUUCAAGACGACUGUGGUUGGAGCCUGCGUAUACAGGGCCCUACAGCAGAUCAAACUUCUCUCACAGAAAGUGCUACAGGAAGGGAUGUGAGUGAUCGGUUGCAACAGUUUCAACCGAGCGUUCGGGGGAGUGACAUGAGUCGAAGUGUGCAAUCGUGGGAGCAGACUGAUCUACACUCUACUGGUGCAGAGGUUGUUCAGGCCAACGGCCGCUCGUUGGCUGAAGAUGUGACCGUUGGAAGAUCGGAUGUUCAUAGUAGUCUGGAUCUACCUAGGAGAUCCCGUAGGACCAAACGUCCUCCAGGCUGGAUGACGGGUGGGGACUUUGUUUGUUACCGCCUUUCUCAAGUAGUCUCCCCCCACCUUGUCUCAGGAGGGAAGGGUGUAGGACUGG